AUAGCUAUUUCAGCACUAUGGCAGGAAGGAUGCUCAUCGGCGUCUGCGCCGUGCUGAUGGUGAUCGCCGUCGCUAACGCGGCGGGCGGCGCGGUCGUCGUCGGCCUGGCCAGGUGCGCCGACUGCACGAGGAAGAACAUGAAGGCUGAGGCGGCUUUCAAGGGUCUUCAGGUGGCGAUCAAGUGCAAGAAUAACAACGGCGAGUACGAGAGCAAGGCCAUCGGCGAGCUCCAGAGCUCCGGCGCCUUCUCCGUCCCCAUCGCCGCCGAACUCCCCGGCGCCGACUGCCACGCUCAGCUCCACAGCGCAGCAGGCACACCUUGCCCCGGACAGCAGCCGUCCAAGAUCGUACCACAGUCCGAAGGCACCUUCGUCGCCGUCCCCGGCAAGAUGCACCACACAUCGGCGGAGUGCGCCUCAGCUUUCCUCUGCGCCCCGAUCAAGAAGCACUUCUACGACCAUUUCCACAAGAAGCCCGUGCCCGAGCACAAGCCCGCGCCGGAGUACCACCCCGUGCCUGAGCACAAGCCCUCACCGGAGUACCACCCUCCCACGCCGGAAUACCACCCCCCGACGCCAGAGUACCACCCUCCCACGCCGGUGUACGGGCAGCCGAAGCCGACUCCGAUUUACCAUCCUCCGGUCCAGCACUGAAUAACUCGACUCGAUCCAUGAGUUCACCACCCAAUUUGCUACGGAUUCCAUAGCUGGAAAUUAAGCAUGAAGCUGCAUUGUUAAUUAUUUUUCUGUGAGUUGUUUAAUUGUUACUAGUGCGUGGAGAAUAAGCGUUCUGAGAAUUACUUGUGAGGCUUGGGCGAUUAUUUGUUUAGCUUCCAUGAAAGUGGAUUGUGUGUUUUUCUAGUUUCUGAGGGAAGUGUGUUUUUUCUGUUUUGUCAUGGGCAAUGUGACCUGCAUGCUAUUCCUUAAUAUUGUUUCUUUACAAUAAAAAUGUUUUGCUCAUUGAAGGACCA